UCUUCUGGAAAACGUUUUGCUUAUGUUGCUAUUGAAAAUUUCUGUACACAAUAGUAUUUAAAUAGAAUGUGCGCCCAAAUCCUCAAUAGGAUGGGACAAUUGAGUCUUGCCGUUUCCCUACUGGGCGCAGUUGUCAAGUCGUCCCUUUUUACCGUUGACAGUGGACAUCGGGCGGUGAUCUUUGAUCGUUUCACUGGCGUCAGGAAGCAGGUGGUGGGCGAGGGCACCCACUUCUUUCUACCCUGGGUGCAGCGGCCCAUCAUUUUCGAUGUACGCUCGCAGCCCCGUACUGUGCCGGUGGAGACGGGCAGCAAGGACCUGCAGAACGUGAAUAUCACAUUGCGGAUUCUAUAUCAUCCCAUACCGGGACAGUUGCCCAGGAUCUAUACCAAUUUCGGUGAGGACUAUGAUGAGCGUGUGCUGCCCUCUAUUGUGCCAGAGGUCCUCAAGGCUGUGGUCGCCCAAUUCGAUGCUGGCGAGCUGAUUACACAACGGGAAAGGGUGUCGCAACGGGUGUCCGAUGAGUUAACCGUGCGAGCCAGGUCCUUUGGCUUCAUGCUAGACGACAUUUCGCUGACACACCUGGCCUUUGGGCGGGAGCUCACGGCGGCUGUGGAAAUGAAACAGGUGGCCCAGCAGGAGGCGGAGAAGGCGCGCUUCAUUGUGGAAAAGGCGGAGCAACACAAAUUGGCUUCCAUUAUAUCGGCCGAAGGCGAUGCUGCGGCUGCCGAUUUGUUGGCCAAGUCAUUCGAAGAGGCUGGCGACGGGUUCGUCGAGCUGCGUCGCAUUGAGGCCGCUGAGGAUAUCGCCCAUCAGCUCUCAAGAUCUCCUGGCGUCUCCUACUUGCCCAGUGGCCAGAGCACGCUCCCCAAUCUAGCCACAAAUAUGGUUGCACCUCUAACUUAAUUUAUUUAUCAAUAUAUAUGGAUAGGUAGAGUUUUUUUGAAUAAAUACAUCUCAGCCCACUGUGCAGCAGUGACGACGACGAGGACAUCGCUCAAUCGAAGUUGCUCAAUAAAAAAUUGUGCUGGAA